GCCACGCCUCGCCGGCCGAAGCGACCCAGCGUCUUCUCUCGUGGCGGUUUCAACACCAACAGCAAUAACAAGCAAGAAAACUGCGAGCGACGCGGACUGGAGGGCACACGCCUACUUGUGUGAACGACGACGCCACAGGACUCCAAGCGUAUGGUGUACGACCGGUUUAGUUUGCUGUUUUUUGGAUUUGAAAUAGAGAUCGCGCCUCGUCGCUUACUUCGUUCAUAUACAUAUACCUACCGGUUUAGAUACAUAUGAAUACAACUUCUCCAGCCUAAAGAAAGGAAAAAGAGAAACUGGCCAUGGCGCAGUCGACCGGGUCACGGCACCCCCCUGCGCGAUCGCAGGAGGCGGCGGCAGCGGCAGGAGGGCACAGGCCGAAGACCGCACCGUUUGCCGUGUCUGCCGCACCUCCUUCGCAGUUAGGGUCCUCGGCGACGCGCGCACCCGCACAGAGCCGAGAAGACGACAUGAUAAGCACGGAGAGAACAGCCCGCCACGCGCCGCCAUCCGCGGACGUUGACGCACUCCUCGAGCACCCUCUGGUGCGGGAUUUAAUACGGGAGAGCGAGAGCAUGUUGAUGGAGCUCGCCGUGCUGCGAGAGGCCCACGCCCAUCGGCACGUCUCAGAGGAGCGGCAGUUCAUCUCGGAAGAAAAGGCCGCACGAGCGUCAUUGUACGCAGACGAAGCGAGGGCACGUGUGGGGUGUGCGGCGGUGGCGCAAAGCCGCCUUGCCCGCCGCGUGGUGAGCGUAGAACGCGUGUUGGCUGAUGAAGAGGCCGAGAACGAGAAGCUGCGUAGCUUCGCCGAGCUGGCACAGGCGCAGCUGGACUCGAGGCCGCACGCGGAAGGUGUGAAGGCAACGACGGAGAGCGCAGCCAGCUCGUCACCACCAAUCAAAGCUCGACGGGGGGAUGGCGGCAGCGGUGCGACGGACGGGGACGGCGACAGUCGACGCCAGAGCCUCGAGGAAAUUACAAAUCUGCGAGGCUCCGUGAAGCGUCUGCGCAGCGUGGAGAGCAGCGAGAGCGGCACACCGCGUGAUCGGCGGCAUCGCCUUAGUGGCACGCAGCGCAGUCCUGGCGCUCUCACCAAAGUUCGUAAAACCAUGCAGUAA